AUGAAAAAAAUGAAGAAAAUAUAAAAAAUGCUAAUGAAAUUCGAGAAAAUGAUGGGAAAACUUUGGAUAAUAUUGACAACUUAGAAACUGAUAAAAUUAAUCCGGAAAAUCAAGAAGAAAAUUCGAACAAUGAAGAAAAUUUAUAUAUUAAACAAAGAAAUCAAGAUCAUAAUUCAGAAAAUGAUAAAUUAACAAUUCAAAUCUUUCAGUUGAAUUAUAACUGCGUAAAACUUCACAAUCGUAAAUUACUCUGUAAAAAUUCAUCAAAACCAAAAACAAGGCCUAUAACCAAAAAAGUAGACGAGUAUGAUUUGUCUUCAAGCAAUUUAGACAGCGAAUUAGUUUCUAGUACCGAGCAUAUUGAAAAACCUUCAUGGCUUUCUGAAAACCGAAUUACCUGGUCAAAAGUAUCCUCAGCCUCGCCGUGCAGAAAAGCUCGUUGGCACGAAUAUUUAGUGGAAGAACCGCGAAAACUAUUCAGUCUCUGGGGUGAAAUUCAUCCGACGGGCAGGAUGUUCUCUCCGGAAAACCGUGGGAAGCAGAUUCACGCAUGUUACCUCGUCUGUUUGGGGAUGUCACGAAUAAUGGCGCCGGAAUAUUGGAGUUCCAAGACACUGGAUACAGUAGUAAUGUGCGGUGAUCGAUAUUACGCAUCCAGCAGACUUCAAAGUGACGCUGCAUUAGGAAAUUCCAUUGACAAUAAUAAUCAGAGGAACAAUGCCGGUAUCGACAGAGCACGUACGUCCUGGGAGAGCUACUUAACGAGGCAUUUUAAAAUUGGCGAUAUGCUCUUUGAAGUCAAAGUACUCUCGGCAAUUUGUGGAAGACUAUAUUCAAGAAAUUCUUUAUGGAAAAUUCUUCAGCAGAUGUUCCUCACACACUCUUACGGAGUCUUAACCUGCGAGAGUUCCUGUCUUGCUAUUUUUAAAUUCUGCGGAGCUUAUUACAUUUUCGACACUAAUUCUUUCGGCCCGCCAAUUUUUGACUACGGCCGGGGGGUCGCUUAUCUGCUUCGCGCUACAAGUUUCCAAAAAUUACUUAAAACUCUUAUCCUGAUUAUAAAUUCCCUGGAGUCCAGCAGAUUUUCCGUCAAUCCUGUGGAAAUUUUAAAAAUAAUCGACGUCGAGUCUCCUUGCAACAAAAUUAAAGAGAAAAAAUUGAAGAAAAAAUUAAAAAGGACAAAAGGCUGUAAAUAAAGUAAAUUUUUCGUAUUGGCUGUAAUGUAAUUUGAUGUAAUGGAGCAAACAAGAUUCUAUUACAUCGAAUGGCUGCAUUUCAAUCGUAGAAGCCGCGGAAACUGGAGUUGAAGUAUAGAAACCCUUCUUAUAUAUUGGAGGGUAAAAAAUGGUGCAUAAUAUUAAUAUUAACAAUGAUGAGAAUAUUUUAAAUAAUAAUAAUUAUGGCCGCAAAACAGAGGACUAUUUGGUUAGUAAACUUAUUAAUAUAGUUGAGUACAAACAAUUAAUCUUAGUAACAAGGACAAGCGCAUGUCAUUUAUGAAAAACGGAGAAAAUAAAUAUUGUAGAGCUCGAGUUGAGCCAGAACAAAGAGAAAAAGCGCCGGUGAAUUAAUUAAGAAUUGAAGCCACUCAAACAACCCGCUAAUUUAAAAUUGUUCUUGUUCUCUCUUUUACUAUUUUUAUUUUAUUUUAAUUAACUAGAAAAAAUACUACUUAAACUCGUAAUGCAGACUUCAAGAGGCUGAGGCUAGGAAAUAAAUUUGAAUUGUGGAUUGUUUUUAUGACAAUUGUU